CGGACGUCGAUGAAACUAAGUUGCCAAAUUGCAUAUCCCCACUGUAAAUUCGAGUAACAAAAACCCCGCACAUUACGAUUUACGAACGACAUCUGCAGGCCACUAGUUAGAGUAGCUGGCAUCCCCUCAAAGCCGCUACUGACGACAACCGAGGGUAAUUAUCUUUCAGCCGCCUAACUAGUAACUAACCUUUUUACACCGUCGUCAUCGUUAUCGCCGCCGCUGCUGCCGCCACUCCAUCCAUGGCUUCCUCCCUCUGCUUCUUGCCUUUCUUGCUAUUUGUUGUUUCAUCUUUGGUCUCCUCUUCUUCUUCUUCUUCUUCUUCUUCUUCGACUGCUACUGAUGUUUUACAUGGAGGUGAAGAAGCUGAAGCAGUUGGGCAUGAUUUACACCGGGAAUAUCUGAGGGAUGAAGCGGCCUCCAGAUUAAAUGAGCUUGGGAAGGUUAGUGAUGUGAAUGGCUACCUUGAGAGGACUUUCUUGAGCCCUGCCUCUGUGAGGGCCGCAAACGUUAUCAGGCAAUGGAUGGAGGAUGCGGGUUUGAGAACGUGGGUAGAUAUUAUGGGUAAUGUGCAUGGUCGGGUUGAUGGGAUAAAUGCAAGUGCUCCUGCUCUGUUGAUGGGCUCUCAUUUGGAUACUGUAGUAGAUGCUGGAAAGUUUGAUGGUGCACUAGGUAUUAUAUCUGCAAUAUCGGCCCUGAAGGUUUUGAAGGUGACAGAGAAGCUAGAAAAGCUGAAGCACCCAGUUGAGGUGAUUGCCUUUAGUGAUGAAGAAGGUGUGAGAUUCCAGUCAACCUUCUUGGGGAGUGCUGCCAUAGCUGGCAUCUUACCUGCUGCCACAUUGAACAUAUCAGACAAGAGUGGGAGAACUUUACAAGAAGUCCUCAAUGAUAAUACUGUAGGGGCAACGGAGGACAAUUUUAUCAAGCUCAAGUAUCAACCAGAGUCUGUUUGGGGUUAUGUAGAGGUUCACAUUGAACAAGGACCUGUUUUAGAAUCAGCUGGUAUUCCUCUUGGGGUGGUCAAAGGCAUAGCGGGGCAGACACGAUUAAAGGUAACAGUUUCAGGUUCACAAGGACAUGCAGGAACAGUCCCCAUGUCCAUGCGGCGUGAUCCAAUGGCAGCCGCUGCUGAAUUGAUUGUAUUACUUGAAAGCAUUUGUAAACACCCUCAGGAAUUUUUGUCCUAUGAUGAUGAUUGCAGCUCAGUUGAAUCUCUUUUUGGAUCACUUGUUUGUACUGUAGGUGAAAUAUCACUAUGGCCAAGUGCCAGUAAUGUUAUCCCAGGACAGGUGACAUUCACGAUAGAUUUACGUGCUAUGGAUGAUGUUGGCCGUGAGGCUGUUUUGUAUGAACUAUCAGCUAGAAUGUACAAUAUUUGUGAUAGACGAUCUGUUUCAUGUGUAAUCGAGCGCAAGCAUGAUGCAAAUGCUGUCAAUUGCGACAGUGAAUUGAGUUUGCAGCUCCAAUCAGCUGCCCUCACAGCAUUCAGGAAAAUGGCAGGUAACGUUGAUGUUGAUGUGCCCAAAUUGAUGAGUGGGGCUGGGCAUGAUGCCAUGGCCAUGGCUCAUCUAACUAAGAUGGGAAUGCUCUUUGUUCGUUGUCGUGGAGGAAUUAGUCAUUCACCUGCAGAGCAUGUGUUGGAUGAUGAUAUUUGGGCUGCUGGUUUGGCAGUCUUAGCUUUUUUGGAGAAUCAUGUGUAGGACUCGUAGCUAGCUAUGUUUCAAAGAGCAUAUCAAAUCAAAUGUAUAUAAAUGUACUUGUCUGUUGUACAUAUAAAGACCGUACUAGUUCAUUCAUUUCGUCUACAAAAGCUUCUUAAGCUCUUUUGUUGUUGGUACCCCCUCUUCAUUUGCCGAAAUGUAAUAACCAGAAUAAAGUUUUCCAGCUUCUUGUAUAUAAUUUGUGCGUCUUAUACAA